GCGCCUAUGGGAUGCAUUUUAGUCAACGUUAAGGGAACCCUGUAACCUGGUGCACUGGUGUACAAUUACUUGUUGUAUAACUGUUUUUAUAUAACUCCCAAAAUCAGCCAUAGAGAUUCGAGUAUCCCGUAGAUGCGGCCGCAACCGUCGUGUAUGCCCAAGCGGAGCAAAUUCAAAUCAAACCCCUUUUUCUUUCUUUGAUUCAGCAACAUGGAGGCUGCAAAAGUUUCAGAUACUCCUCUGGAGUUUGUGGCAGAAUACUUAACAAAAGCCAAAGAGAUAGCAGAGGCGGACCCCAAUGUCCCUGAAGAACUGACAAAUUACUUGCAGAAGGCUUUGAGUAUUGCGUCAGGAUUAGACUCGUAUCUAGAAGAUGUGACUGAUCAGGAGAGUGAACAUCUGUCAGCUCUUUACAGGAAAACAAUGGAUCAUGACUGGAACAAAAUAUACGAAGAUGGCAAAACAAGGUUUAAGCUUUCCAAACAAUGCAUUACUGGCCAUGUUGAAGGUCAGGUCUUGAAGACAUUUGUCCGCAUGGUUAAGGCCAGGAGCGUGUUAGAAAUCGGCAUGUUUACAGGGUAUGGAGCUCUUGCAAUGGCAGAAGGAUUACCCGAGGAUGGCAAGUUAAUUGCUUGUGAAAUAGAACCAUACCUUAAAGAAUUUACCCAACCUAUAUUUGACAAGUCCCCACAUGGCAAGAAGAUAACUAUGCAGAUUGGCCCGGCCAUGGAAUCAUUAAAGGAGUUGGCUGCUACUGGAGAACAGUUUGACUUUGUGUUCAUUGAUGCUGAUAAAGUCAACUACACCAACUACUACAAUUGUAUCUUGGACAACAAUUUACUCCGAGCAGAUGGUGUGAUCUGCGUGGAUAAUUCUUUAUUCAAAGGGCAGGUUUUUCUGGAGAAUGUCACUGAUGAGAACGGCCUGGCCCUCAGAAAAUUUAAUUUAGCUGUUCAAAAUGAUCCUCGGGUAGAACAGGUGAUCCUACCUGUGCGAGAUGGGAUAAGCAUAAUUAGAAGAGUCUCAAAUGCAACAGCAGAAAAAGAACAGAAGAAUGGGGUGGUUAGAGAUGAGGUGUUUUCUGGUCUGCAUGGAAAAAGCAUUCUGGAUCGUCUGAGACUGGAUGGAAAAGCUGCCUAUGUCACCGGUGGAGGUCAGGGGAUUGGCAGAGCCCUUGCACACGCCUUGGGAGAAGCAGGGGCAAAGGUUGCCAUUGUAGAUGCUGUGCUCGAGAAGGCAGAAUCUGUAGCAUAUGAGCUUAAACUAAAAGGUAUACAGUCCAUUUCCAUUGCUGCAGAUAUUAGCAAGUCUGAGGAUGUGCAAAGGAUGAUUGAUAUGAUUGUAUCCAAAUGGGGUACAAUUCACAUAGCAUGCAAUAAUGCUGGAAUCAAUGCAAAUUCCGCCAGUGAAAACACAACAUUGAAAGAGUGGGAUCAGACUUUUAACAUCAACUUGCGGGGAACCUUCAUGUGCUGUCAAGCUGCAGGUCGCAUUAUGCUGAAGCAAGGAUAUGGGAAGAUAAUUAACACAGCAUCCAUGGCAAGCUUAAUAGUCCCUCAUCCUCAGAAACAGUUGGCGUAUAACACAUCAAAAGCUGGGGUAGUGAAGCUGACUCAGACACUCGGCACUGAGUGGAUUGACAGAGGAGUCCGAGUCAACUGCCUUUCACCAGGAAUUGUUGACACCCCUCUCAUCCAUUCUGAAGCUCUGAAGCCACUGGUACAACGCUGGCUGACAGAUAUCCCUGCUGGACGACUGGCUCAAGUGACAGACCUGCAAGCUGCAGUGGUUUACUUGGCAUCUGAAGCCUCCGAUUACAUGACAGGGCAUAACUUGGUCAUAGAAGGUGGUCAAAGUCUAUGGUAGAAAAAUGGAUUUAUGAAUGCUUUACCAGUAAGUUUUCAGAAUGGGAUCAACAACAUGUACAUGUAAUCAAUCAACUUUGGAUUAAUGUGAUAUUAACCAUUAGUGAGCUCAAAAUUAGAGGGCUGUAUUUAAACACAGUGGAAUAGUAGCGUUGUAUUAGAGUAGUCUUUAUUAGAUUAAUGUUAUUGAUGACAAUACUCUACAAAAAGUGAACCAUGCUUUAUUCAUUUACAGCAAAGGUCUUUUCUAGUGAAACAGCAAUUCCAGCACAGCAUAAAACAAACCAUUACACAUACACAUCAUCACAGACUGAAUGACAGCCAGGCCUGCUCUUGACACUAUUUUUUUUUUUUUUAAAUGGAACUUCAAUUUACAGUUGGGAUGACUUAAAAUCCGGGGCUUGACUGGAAAAUAACAGCUUAUACAAUUAUACUGACCUUCAUUGUGUGGUAUAUAAAACGUCAAGACACACUUCCAAAUUAGUAUUAAGAAAACUACCAGGAAAGUAGACAUACACAGAAAUAUAGAAUACAUUUGUUCAUGAAAUCUUAAUUUUCUCUUUUAAUGUUUUCCUGCACGGUUAUAAUAACUAAUUACAUAGUACUGGAUGUUUUAUUUAUUAAUUUUUUUUAGAAGGAUAAGAACACAAAACUGUCUUGCAGUCAAUACAUUUUAACAUUGCAUUAAAGGACUUCCUUUACGUCCUGAUAAACUAGCAAUCAUACAUGCAGUAGUAUAGCAGUUGACGAAUCAUGAUGGUGGAAAGGAUGAUCUUUGUAAUAAAAUACAGGUCAAUGUCUGUUCUGGAAGCGAGGAUUUAAUAACCCAUUACUACAAAGAGCAUGAAGAGGUUUCUAAAUUCAUUCAUGCUUGCUGAGGUUCCUGCCUGGGGAGAGGAAUUUAGAUCAGACUUAGGCCUAAAUUAAAUAAAAAAAUUGUGUCAUGAUCAUGUUUACCCUUUUAUUUUUGGACAAGGAAAUGCAACUAGCUACAUUCUAGCCCCUUUUUUUACAGUCACUGAUUCACACAAUGGUCUUUUAAAGUGUGCAGAUAUGAGUGGUGCUUACAUUUUUAUAAUUGCAAUCUAUUCUAUUUAGAUAGUUUUACUUGUAGAAAAGGUUAACUUAAAGCCCCAUGACUGCAAUUAUUUCAAAGAAAAAGCAAACGAGUAGAGAAUUCUCGUUAUUAUGUACACAAUACCCAUCGUGAUUCCAGUUGUCUAAUUCAUUUGGCAUAGAUGUUUCCAAGUGCACUAAUUAACAACACGACAUACACUGGAAGUGUGCAGCGUUUGAUGUCAUAGGUAUGCCAACACAAUGGUGUCAUUGCAUCAUCAAGUAUUUGUAUUUACCUUGUCUUUAUCUCAAAUAACAUAAACAACAUGAAUUUAACUACAGACAAGGAGAAGAAAAAAUAAUCGGCAAGCCAUAAUAUAAUUAGGAAUACAUUACAGUGUGGCCCAAAGAUUUGGGUUAUAUUUUUUGUACAGUAAAGUAUUGUAAAUGCUGGUAUUGUUUUUGCCUUUGUAUAACUAAUUUGUCCCGAAACAGCAUCCAGAUGAAAUGAUCUACAAUACAGACUCAUUCUAUAGCUAGUGAAAUCAGUAAUAUUUCAGUUUUUGUAAUUUAUGAGCUUUCACGGAUAUAAAUAGUGUUGCUGAAAGUGAAUAAUGCAUAGUUAUUUGUUUUUUUUGGUUGCAUUUUGGGGAUUUUUAUUUUUCAAGUUACAUAUACCUGUAUAUUAUAAUAUAUAUUAGGCUGGACAUAAUAUAUUUGUUUGGAAUUUAAAUGUUGACUCUUGCUUCCUUGCUACUGUGCAUUAAUAAAUCUACAGCUUAAGGAAAGCAUUUUAAUGAUCUCUCACAAUAAUUAAGAAAUGCAGUACCACUGGAAGGCAGUCAAUACACAAUAUAUGCAUGUACAGUUUAUAGGGGUAGUACUGUACCUUUUAUUGAAACCGCUUUUUGUAACACGUUAGGUUCAUCCUCAUUUAUCUAAGUCAUGCAUAUGUUAAGCUUUAGCAUGUUCAUGUCUUUUUUGGUAAUUUCCGUGUACUAAAAUGUCAUUAUCUGUAAGUAAUCAAGACAGGUAGGGAAUAAUUUCAGCACACCAUCGUUUUGUCUUCCAGUUCUGGUAUAGCCAGAGGGUUUUUUUAGAGGGAGAAAACAUUUGAAAUGAUUCUGUGAAAAAUAAUAAAUGUUCAUGUUCAGUUGAUUUUUAGGAUACUGGUAGAAUAAAGAAAGAAAGAAAGAAAGAAAGAAGGAAAGACUAUUGGAAUUUGAAGGCUAAGCUUCUCAAAUAAAUCAUUGAAGGUGGCUUUCCAACAAUGUAUUAUUAUAUAUAUUCUUAUGAUAAAGCUAAUAAACCAUACACAUUAGUUCAAGUAAAUGAGAUAUUAUGUUGUGUAUGGUUUAUUAAAUGUAUACCCCUGGUGCAAAUUCCUGAUUUUCAUCAAAUUUCAAAUCACAAAACACCGCUGUCAGACCCUAUUAGACUUCAGUGUACUUGUUUGCAAGCUCAUGACUUAUUUAUUGUUGUGUGAUCGUUAUGUUUACUUGUAUUAAUGAAAGCUCACUGAUUUGAGAUAUUGGAGCACAGAGGGGUAUCCUGUAGUUCAAACAGGAAGCUGCUUUUGUGAUUCACCCAUUUUAACAAUAAACCUCAUGAUUUCACAGCAGAUUUUUUUGUAAUACAAAUGGAGCAGCAGUGGCCUAUAAUGGAAUGCGAAUCAAGCCUAUAUAAUGUUAAGUUUCGCUGAAACAGCAACUUCAUGGCAGCACAAAUGGAAAUCUAGACAUACCACAGAACUUGCUAAUGUAACAGGCAUUUGAACAGGAUUUACAGAAUGCUGCAUAAAAGGUAUACAGACAGUAACAAGGGUAGAGUUUAGAUGGGUCUAAAAGCUUGUUUUUAUAAGGCCUUACAACAUGCUAUUCCCUAUCCAGUAUUUGGAAUUACUCUGAUUAUCAUAAGUGAAGUUGAGCUGAAACAUUCCUUGUAAAGUGAUGUUUUUUUUUGUUUAAUUUUUCUGGAAAAAUCUAAUUUGCACCUGCAAAUAACGUCUAGUUAACCUCACUGAAGUCUGCAUUACUGCUCAGUUUUCCUUCAGUUUUAGGUAGUCUUUUGGUUUUCAUAUAAUGAUGAAUUAUUGAGCAAUAAGCUGAAUCAUUUAACUGUGCACUAAUUACCUAAUGGGAUUUCAUUUUUUUUUAAAAAUGUAAAUAGAAGCCCUUUAUUCUCAUUAACUAACACAUUGCUUUUUGUUGAGCAUUCUGCAGGUCUGAUCAAAUUUGGAUAGCUCUCAUUAAAAAUCUGUUAUCUGAGUCGUGACAGUUAUAUAUGCAAUGCUUUGUAAAAAAUGAGUUUGGUAAGGAAAGCUUGGUUCGCCAUUAAUUGAUUCCUAACAUUUAAGAAUCCAACUAUCGCUUUAAUUACUGAAUUAUGCUUAGGGUAUUGUGUUUUGAAUAGCAGCAAUGUGCAACAGUAUAUCCUGUGAACAAAAAAAUGGAAACACCAAUGUAAAGUCACUUAAUAGGGCGUUGGGCCACUAUGGUAUCCCGCUCUGUGGAGUUCUCGGCGGACCGUUUUUGAUGAAACUGGCUGCUCUCGCCCUAGGUUGAAAUUUGCAGUCAAUUGAUCUGCAGUUGCUCGCCUGUUUUGUGUUGCACUUCGAAUUAAUGCACGGAUAUCACGAUCCUGGAGUAUUCGCUUCCGCCCACUGUUGCCCUUUGCUGAUGAUGUCUUUCCCUUGGAGUUCCAUGCCGACAUCAUCUUAGACACCGUUGCUCGUGAAACAUCAGAAAGUUGAGCUGUCUUGGUCACUGAAGCUCCUGCCAAACACGCCCCAACAAUCACCCCUCUUUCAAAGUCAUUGAAGUCUCCCCUUGCAGCCAUGCUAGCCAUAAUUAUAGGCAACCAGGCCUGUCCAGCAUUUUUAUACAUGACCCUAAGCAUGCUGGGAUGUUAUUUGCUUAAUUAACGCAUGAGCCACACCUGUGUGGAAGCCUUUGCUUUCAAUAUACUUGGUGUCCCUCAUUUACCCAGGUGUUUCCAUUUUUUUGUUCACUACCUGUAGAUUAAUGGUCUGUUUUUAAUGCCCUGAAUUUACCAUCAGUUCACUUAACCUCCUUGUCCGUCUUUUGGGUGAGACGUUAUUGUAAGUUACUCUGCAGCUGAUGCAUAGUUCACACGCCCUAGUCUCUGUAAGUUGCCUUAAUAAUAAUAAUCAUCAGCCUUGCAGUUUGAGACUUAGAGAUGACUUAAGCACUUUACCAUGUGAUUAGAUGAGGUUCAUUAUAAAGGAAGUCUAAACAUUCUUAUUAAUAAUCUCAGAAGAUGCAGCUUGUUUUUUCUCAGGUGGCAAAGUCACUUGACAUCACGAUGUGUCAGUCUUGAUAGCACUGUUUGCAGUGUCAUUAUCUAUCAUUCAUCUAAAUGUCAUCUUCAGCUUAUUGAUGGUAUUGUACACUGUCUUGAUAUAAUAUAAUGUUCCCCAGAGGCAAUAUGUGAAAGCUAAAGAGAAUCAGGCCAAGACACCAACCCUGGGGAACACCGCAGCUAACAGGCACAGUGGUUGAAAAUGAAUUAUUGUAUCAAAUAGAAUUGAAUAUAAUCUAUCUGAAAUCUGACAAAUGAUAAAAAGUUUCAUUCAGAUCACCAAUGUGUGAUUGUAAAAGGCAAACCAAAUAACCUUUACCCACCAUCUGAAUACUGGAUUUCAAUAGUCCAUCAGAAUACAGAAUACACCGCAUCAUAGCGUCGAACAAUCAGAAUAAGAAAUAUUAACAACAGAGAUGGUGGCAGUCAAGGGCCAUUUUUUUCAAAUAAUAUCAAAGUGAAGCAUUGAAAAGUUUAACGAGGGACAUUUGAUACACAUUUUGAGACCAAAUUGCAUAACCACCACUCACUCACUGGAGAUAUGAUAAAAUAACAUGAUGUGGUAUAUGUCAGAAACAUGACGUUUGGUGAGUAGAGGUCCUAUACAAGACAACUGGUGCAAUUACCCACAUGGAGGUGAAAAUACAGUUUCAAAAUGAUUUCAUAUAGUAACUUAUUUUAAGGAAAAGAUCAAUUCCCACUUUUCAGUUUUUUUCACCAAUAUGUUUGGGCCUGUGCAGAGGAUAUUGAAACCAAUGACACCUUGAAAGAGGCAGUGGAGGACUGCUGUGGGGUUCAACCCAAAUGUAUGGCUGAUUGAUAUAUCUGUAUCUAUAUGCUUAUAGUAUAUGAUUGUAGGGAAGCUUGUUUUAACCAGUCUUAGGAAAUGCAAAUGUUCCUUUGUAUCUCUAUAAACAAUGGAAGGAAAGCAUGACAUUUCCUUUUUAAUGCAUUUUAACAAAGGCAAUCAUUUUCUUGGCAUUCUUGUUUUCGCGUAAUAUAAUGCAUGAUAUUGCAAAGCACGUUGGUGUAAUGUUUCAUUUUCUUAAUCUUUUUUGACAUGCAAGUAUUACAGACAGACACAAACCCUUUGAAUGGUACAUGACAGUUGUUCAAUAAUAAUUGGUAUGGUUUCUCUUUGACAUCUGCCUCAGUGACAGCUGCUUUGUUCUGUGGUCAGAUUUUCUUCUUGCCACAUCAAAGAACCUCUGUAUACAGUAACACUGAAACAGUUUAAAGGCGUAGUUGACGUGAUAGGUUGUGGCAUUGCAACAGGGACAUUUUAUUUAGGUUGUUUUUAAUUCAUUAAUUUAUUUUCCAGUUAUUAACUUACAGUGUACAAGUUAAAAACUAGCAUUAAGUGUUACCAGAAAUACUACUUAAACAUCAUUGAAGAAACCUGAGACAUGAGUGCACAUGAAGUAAAGGAACAAGCUAAGGUCUCAGCAUGCAUUAGGUAGGAACUGUCCUGACUAGAGAUAAGCUUAACUGAAGUUGGGGCCAAACGAUCAGAACUCAUAGAAACUAUAGCUGAGUUACAGCUCCUGUGUCUUUUCAGAAGCUAAAAGCGUCAGUGGAAUUCGUAUCGGGAACUUAAAAAUGAAAGAUGAAAGAUGGGAUGGAAAAUAGUCAAAUCAAAAAAACCUUCCACCCUCUUGUCAAUCAUUGGUACAUGUCAGGUUGCUCUACAGUUUCUAAUAUUUUAAAGAAGAAACACAGUCCUUUCUUUUCUGUUGGUGCUAGCGCAGAGGUGAUGUAACUCUGUAACAGCCUAUAUUGCUGACUUUGUUCACCAGACCAGCUAUUCAACAGAGAGUGCUUUCUUACAGCUAAUGUAACAAUGGAAAUUUGCUUAAAUAUAUGUUUCUCAUUACUAAAAUGUACAUUAAAAGCACGGCUGUCAUUUUAGCAUCUUAGAUCCAUUAAUAAUGUAUCAAAAACUCAUUAGGUGUGUUGUUUUAGACGGCUUUGAGAAAUAUCCUUUAACAACUAAACUUUGCUAAGACGUUAAUAGGGAAAAAAAAAAAAAGAAAAGUGAAUUUACCAGGAAGUGUUGUGUAGUUAUGUAAUGCUGUUACAUAUAAUGCUGACCCCUGUGGGUGAGCCUUGGCAAUGCAAUAUAAAUUGGAAAACCCCUCCCUCAGAGGGAUUGACCCUUCUGUGCAUUGCUUAAAUUUGGGGCUGCAAGGAAGCCAGAUUGUGCCUCUGACUGUUAGAUUUGAGACUUUUUUAAAAAUGUUAUUUAUAUUGUAAUUGUGCUGUUAUUUUCUUCAGUAGUUUCUUAAAGGGAUAGGUAUUUUUUUUAAAACAUCCCCAUGUAUUUGGUAAUGGCUUUGCUGUCUUAAAACAAGAGCACAAUAAAUUGGUGCUAAUUAUUCAGUAAUUAACUCAAACUGAAUGUAUCCCACUGUGUGUUGCCUUAAAUCAUGUCUCUCAGCUCCUGCGGAGUAGCUCUUUAAUUUCCUGUGAGCACGAGGGAGUGUUUGCUCCCUCAGCUCUCAAUCAAAUUUCGCCAGUUGUGCCUUUAGGUUGAUAAUUUACCUUCCUUGGAAAGAUGCCCUCACCUGGUAGAAUGACAAGGAAGGCAAUGAAAAACUGGGGAAAACAAGGAAGCAGGAAAGACAUGUCUACUGCUCAAGACUUGAUGUCCAGAAUAUAUACUGUAAUUAACAUUAUAUAUAAUGUUAUGGACCAUUGCCGAAAUCGGUCAGCUGCCAUAAUGCCCGGACAGUUGGCGAAGUGUCCAGCUGCAGCGGGCAGAUGCCGAAUUAGCUUAGAAUAUUAUGUAAUUUCGUCAACUGCCCUCAACCACCGGGGCUGAUGGCGAAGAAAGACUUGAGUGCGCCCUGUUGUAACAAAUGAAAGGCUAAUGGAAAGUAACACAGCAGUGUUCAUCCUCUGGGUAUCUACUGCAGCUCUCAAUAAUAGUUUGUCAGUCGAAUACCUUUAUUUAAUCAUUAGACCGACUGAAUCAUUUAUAUUUAUUUUUAUUUAUUUAUUUUAAUGAAAUGCCGAGGCAAAUGUCGAAUUGUCUGAGAUAUGAUGUCAGCUAAUGUUAGACAUGAAAUAAUAUUGUUUGAAUGUGUAAAAAAUAUUUUCUUCAGAACAAAAACUAAACUUUUUUAUAAGAAAAUGUUUUCUUCCGAGUCAAAUUGUUGUUCAUAUUUCUAAAUAAGAAAAAUACAAACUUUAUGCUGUUGACUAAUGAUUAAUUAAUAUUGCUAUGAUAAAUUAGUUUCGAAGCUAAUUAGUUUCGAAGCUAAUUCGGCAUCUGCCUGCCGCAGCUAGGCACUUCGCCAACUGCCCGGGAAUUACGGCAACGGUCCAUAUCUUUCAUAGUAGACUAGAAGCUUGAAUAACAAGUUUCCUUAUUUAGAUCUGCAGCCAGACAACUAGUUCUGACACUGCACACUGGUCUUAACCCACUAUAACAAAUGAAUGUCUUCCUUAAUCUGUACACAUUUUAUGUCAAAUGCAGGAGACUUUAGAUUGAUGCCAUUUAAUUUGUUUUAGCUUGAUUCUGAACCGUCAGUGUUUGGAGGUUAAAGAAGCAGACAGAAGCACACCUCAGGGUUGGGUUGACCAGGGAUCCCCUUUUAUCUGCAUAACAAUUCUUGCUCUUUAAAACUGGCAUAGUCCAGUAUAAUGCAAUUAACCCAAGUGGAGGUGAAGGGGGCUGUCAGGAAUUAACCAAACAAGGAACUAAAAUGGGGAUCACAUGUAGCAGCGGGCUAUCCCAGAUUAUACAAGGCGGACUGCACCUCCACUCGCCGCUAAACAGGUAUUUGUUGCUACCUUAGAUAAAUCAGGAAAAAUAUUUUUUCCCAAAGCAUUAUUCAAUCUGGAGCAGUUAGGAAUAUAGAAUAUGAUGCAGAAAAAAAGAACAUACAAAUCAUGUUAAUAUUUCAUAGCAUAAAUGUAUCCCUUAGGACUAUUAUCUAAUUUUGCUCGAGAGCUUACUGAUGGAAAUGGCUAUUAGUACUUCUACUGUGGUCUGGAAGAGAGCAAACUUUCUUGAUGUUUAUUAAGCAACUGGGGACUGAAAAAAUGCUGAAAUUAAAGGAAAAUACAGUGCAGUGUUCUAAAGCUGGUAUGGAAAAUACUGAACCUUUUCACCCUUCCAUUACAAAUUCAUAUUUCAAUUACUGUUUGUUGCACGGUUAAAUAAAUAAAUAAAUACACUCACUUUUUAACAAAACUGGUAAAAUGUUUUACGUUACAUUUUGUGAUUGGCUCUAAAUUUACAGGUUUCUGAACUCAGGUUGUUUUAUGUAUUUUUAUUCAUGUGGGCAUGAAGGUUUAUUGAAUUUAAAAUUCAAAUGUGGAAACAUGUCAUGUUGAGGAUAUAAAACUUAUGACUGGAAAGUUUAGGUGGCUUUUUGGAACAAGUUUCAUUCUGUAAUGUUAAACAUGACAGCUCAAACUCUGUUUGAGGCUCUUAAGAUGUGCAGUCAAACAGAAAACUGCAAUUUUAAUUAACGCAAGAACAGCAUAAGAUACAACCAUGCCCAGUUUGAGUAAUGAAGAUCGCUUGGUUGCUAUCAGCAUUGUUGAAGGCGACCUGUCAGAGGGAACAGACUAGUCCAGAGAAACCAGGAAACCUGCUCUGUGAGGGACAGGCCAUGUCCUGGAAGGCAGAGGGUCACUACACCGGCCCAGGACCAUUAUGGUGACUGUUGCAUUGUUCAAACCAACCAGUGGAGCAAUGGAAAUGUGAUGAUGUGGGGAGGAAUCUCCUUUAACACAAGAAUGCCUUUGGUGCAGAUUGAGGGCAAACUUACUGCUCAGUGAUACAUUGACAAAUUCUUGAGGCAGUAGUUUUUCCGUUCCUGCAAGCCAAUCCGGAAGUGUCGAUUUUCUAGCAGGACAAUGCAAGACCACACAGUGCUAGGAUUACAAUUGCACGACUUCAAGAAAACAAUGUCGAGGUCUUGCCAUGGCCAGCUUUUUCUCCUGACCUCAGUCCAAUAGAACAUCUGUGGGACGAAAUCGCCAGUCCUAUCCACAGGAGACAACCACGACCAGCCAACCUUCACCAGCUCGCUGCAGCUGCACAGGAAGAGUGGCGGAACAUCCCACAGCAGUCUAUCCAGAGGCUGAUCAGGUCUAUGCGUCAACACUGCCAGGAUUGUGUAAAUACUCAGGGAGGUCAUACCCGAUACUAACUUUGUAAUGUUUUCAUUUUGACAGCGUGUCACGUUUCAUACUGAAAACUUAUGAUUCUUUGAUCUGUAUUUUUGUUCACAUUUUCUGUGAUUUUGUUUGAUAUGUAUGUUUAAGAUAUUUAAUUAAAUCCAGUAGACCUGAGUGUUGUGUUUCUUUUGUGCAUCAGUAUUUAGACAUAACAAUUUGUAUUUAUUUUAAAUGUUCAAUGUGCAAUCUGUUACAAGUAGACAAAAAUAUUACUUUGGUGAAUUGAAGUGUUAAAAAAAAUCAAAACUCCCUGAAGUACUGUAUGCAAACGUGUUAAAAUGAACCCAGUAUGUCAUGCAUUGUGUGUUAGAAGAGAAGAGAGUCUGUGUUACAAUCUGUUGUUCUUAAUCAGACAGUUGACUGUAUGUUUUUGCUUAAAAGUAACAUUCUUUAAAAAUAAAGAGA